CAUAAUAUUGGUCGCAGGGGUAAUAAAAGUUUGCAUACGUUUAAAAUGGACCCAUUAAUUGAUACAAAUAAUAUAAAUUUAAGACGCGAUCUUCGCAGAAAAAAGAUUUUGGAUGACGCUAAAAUACGUCUUGAAAAAUUAAAUGGCAGAGCUGCUUCACGCGAAACGGAUUUGUUCGACAAUGAAACACCAACUGUUCUAUAUUCCGAUCCUGAGUGCGAACCAAAUAUCCAAAGUGGACGUAGUGUUUUUGCGAAUGUCGAAACUUCAAAUGCCAGCAAACCUUCAAAUACCAGUAUAUCAAAUAAGUUAAUAAAAAGAAAAGUUCAUAUAUUUGUAUCAUCUUGCUUGGGACUCUUAAUAGCUUUUUACACAAAAGGCAGUGUAUUUUUGCCGGUAAUUUUUUGUACAUCUUUGGAAUUAGUCUUUGGCAAAUAUAUAAAUCAAAAUAUGUCUGCACAUACCAAGUCAUUUUUUCUGCUGUCUUUUGGUACAAACUAUGGAAAACAAAUUCAGCAGCUCAGCAAAAUUUUACAAGUUAUUCAAUCAAUUUUAUCUAAUCUGGCAGUAACUGUUUGUGUUUUAUGUACUGUCAGUUUUUUGUUGUUGACAUUUAACGAAAAUAUUACUGUGAAAUAAAUUAAAAUGGAUUACACUUUA